UCCUCGCAGCUCGGCGAGCCGGGCAAAGGCGCCGGCAAGGGCGGCGGCGGCGGCGGCGCCAUCCGCGAGGCCGGCGGCGCCUUCGGCAAGAAGCAGGCGGCCGAGGAGGAGCGCUACUUCAGGGAGAAGGAGCGCGAGCAGCUGGCCGCCCUGCGCAAACACCACGAGGAGGAGAUCGACCACCACAGGAAGGAGAUCGAGCGCCUGCAGAAGGAGAUCGAGCGCCACAAGCACAAGAUCAAGAAGCUGAAGGACGAUGACUGAGGACGGGCAGCGCCGGGGCCCGCGCGGCGCCCGGGCCAGCCUGGCCACGUUCCUCCUGUCGUGUCACGGCCUGCAAAUAAAUAAACUAUUCGGUCUCUCUG